AUGCACGUUGGACCAAAGGCUCUUAUUGGAAUUCUGCGACUCCAGGCUUGGAUUGUAAACGCCAGAGAAAUCGUUCGAAAGAUUCGCUUCGUCAGUCGCAGAGGCGUCCCACUACGCAUCUUUUGUGACAAUGCAACUAAUUUCGUCAGGGCACGAUCUCAGCUUGAGGACUUUAAGCAGCAGCAGUUUGACGAAGCCAACACAUUGAAUGUACAUAACUUCAGCAGCAUCGUGGGAUUUGAGUUUAAGUUCAUCCCUCCGCGAGCUCCCCACUUUGGCAGCUUGUGGGAUGCCGCAGUGAAGUCCAUGAAGACCUUGAUGAUCAAAAACUUGGGCAACUCUGGGCUAACGUACGAGGAGCUUCAAACGAUUGCAAUCGAGGCGGAGGCAAUCUUAAACUCAAGACCAAUGGCACCCCUAUCCGAAGACCCGAACGAUGGAGAGGCACCUAGCCCAGCGCACCUGCUGAUUGGGUCCUCUCUGAUGUCUGUUCCGGAGCCUUCAAUUGACGAGAGCAGACCAUCCUAUCUUACGCGCUGCCAUCCUCUCUGA